GAUAGACGAUGACGAAACAGAAGAGAGUAGAACCAAACCUUGGUCGCGCUCGCUUCCUUCUCUAGCAUCCACAACUCUCUCUAUCUCCGGCGAAACUGGCAUGCCGGCGACGCCGUUCAAUUCGUGAUUGCUCCGUCUUCUCUCCGCCGUUCUAUGCUCAUCCAUUGCUCAUAAGCCAUGUCCCUAACCUUCACUUCCACACUCUCUCUCUAUCCUCACCGCCAAGCUCGCCUCCGGUACCGGCGGUUACAACCGUCGCCGCUAUCUUCCGCAGAAUUCGUCUGGCUUCCGUCUUUGAAGAGUCGGAGACCGCGUGUAUUGAGAGCGCCAUCAAGAUGCUUUGUAGUUAGGGCAUCUGCCGGCAUCGGAGGAGGUACUCACAGAGUGUAUCGUCAGUCUCAGGCCACCGCGUCUCCGUCUAUUGCCACCGUGAAACAGAUUGCAAACACUGUUACUCCCUUUGGCAUAUUCUUCGCACUCACUUUUGUUAUCUGGAAAGUAGUGGAGAAGCUUCUUGUUCCAGCUCCAAAGCAAUCUAAAUCUUCAACCGCGGAAAGUCAACCGGCUUCACAAGGAUUUAAAUGGUCUGCUGGUACAAAUCUGUUGUCGAGGCUCGGGGCGAAGAUUGAGAGACAAUCUAAACAGAAACUCAAUGAGUUUGCUCGAGAAUUGAGGUCAUUUUCAAGUAUUGAUAUGUCAGGGCGCAACUUUGGAGAUGAAGGAUUGUUCUUUCUUGCUGAGAGCUUGGCGUUCAACCAGACUGCAGAGGAAGUGAGUUUUGCUGCAAAUGGAAUAACAGCAGCUGGAUUGAAAGCUUUUGAUGGUGUUCUUCAAUCGAACAUGACAUUGAAGAUACUUGAUCUUUCAGGAAACCCUGUUGGAGAUGAAGGAGCCAAGAGCUUAUGUGACAUAUUGGUAAAUAACUCCAGCAUUGAGAAGCUCCGGCUAAACAGUGCUGACUUGGGGGAUGAGGGCGCGAAAGCUAUUGCAGAAAUGUUGAAGAAAAAUUCAAGUUUGCGGGUUCUUGAACUUAACAACAACAUGAUUGAAUAUUCUGGAUUUUCAAGUCUGGCUGGCGCACUUAUUGAGAAUAGCAGCAUAAGAAAUAUACAUCUCAAUGGCAAUUAUGGUGGUGCAUUGGGGGCUAAUGCAUUGGCCAAAGCACUUGAUGGCAACAAGUCUUUAAGGGAACUGCAUUUGCAUGGAAAUUCUAUUGGAGAUGAAGGAAUCCGUUCUUUGAUGACAGGAUUAUCUUCAUAUAAAGGGAAACUUACACUUCUAGACAUUGGCAAUAACUCAAUAACCGCUGAUGGUGCUUUCCAUGUUGCGGGGUAUAUUAGGAAGAGCAAAAGCCUGUUAUGGUUGAACCUUUACAUGAAUGACAUCGGUGAUAAGGGAGCAGAAAAAAUUGCGGAUGCUUUGAAGGAUAAUCGGUCAAUAACUACAUUAGACCUGGGAGGAAAUAACAUUCACGCUGCUGGAGUUAGUGUUAUUGCUAGAGUUUUGAAAGAUAAUUCAGUUAUUAGCACUUUGGAACUUAGUUAUAAUCCCAUUGGACCAGAUGGAGCCAAAGCCUUGGCUGAAGUUAUCAAGUUUCAUGGGAGCGUAAAGACCCUCAAGCUUGGUUGGUGCCAGAUAGGAGCAAAGGGAGCAGAGUUCAUUGCGGAUGCUUUAAAAUACAAUACUACAAUUUCAAUUCUGGACUUACGAGCAAAUGGACUAAGAGAUGAAGGUGCACUGUGCCUGGCUCGCAGCUUGAAAGUGGUUAAUGAAGCUUUAACCUCUUUAGAUUUAGGAUUUAAUGAAAUAAGGGAUGAUGGAGCUUUUGCUAUUGCUCAAGCACUCAAGUCUAAUGAUGAUAUAGCUGUCACAUCCCUAAACAUAUCCAGUAACUUCCUUACAAAAUUUGGGCAGAGUGCUUUAUCCGAUGCAAGAGACCAUGUCCUCGAGAUGACUGAAAAGGAAAUCAACAUUUUUCUCUAGAAGACACUAUUCCUCGCGAUAAUGUGUUGUUACAUACCAGGAGAUCUUUUUGGUUAUUUUGCAUAUUAGCUGCCGGCAAGUUCUGGUAAGGGCUCGUUCACAUCAAUUUUCUGUGUUCUAACCAUUCAUUGAGGAAAGUAUAGAUAUUUGAAUUGAUAUAUUGUAGCCUUAAAUUUAUAGGUCUUUUUGAAUGGUUUACAACCGUUGCAUAUUCUAUUGAUCUCUUUGAUGAUAUAGUUGACCCACGAGUGUCAGUGUAUGAUUAUUAGCUUCAUUCCUCGUAUAAUUUUCAAAGAUACUGGAAGGAGAUGUUACAUGCAGUUUGUCUUUCCUCGCUCUUUUUCUCCUGCUAGGAUGCUGUUUAAACAAGUACAAGUUACAUUGAUUACUGGAUAGUGCUGGUAGCGGUGGAUGUUUUUUCUUUGGGUUUUA